UGUUUGGUUUGUGCGAAAGUUGUAAUCCCAGGAUGAUCUUUUUUCUGUAACUUAGCCACUUACAAGAUCCCAUCAUUCACUCCUGACAAAACCCCCCAUAACUUGAUUGCCUUCUUCCUUCUCUCUUUCUCUCUCUACGUUCUCUUUUGUAUGUUAAAAUGUUGGGAACUUCGAUAAAUCCCAUAAAGACAGCUUCCUCUUCUCCCUCUUGCUGUUCUUCAUCUUAUGAAAAGAGAAUGGAAACCAUGUUGUCCUUAACAUCUUUUGAUAAUUGUAAUAACUCUGUUCCGUUUCUUUUCUCUCGUUCUAAAUUGCACUGCUCCAAAACUUUGGUGACAAAGCUCCCUGGAGUCAGGUUCCGGGUCUCCCCAGGAUCUAAAUUUCGAGUUUUCUGUGAAUCUAAGACACAGGAGUUGCAGAUAAGAAGGUGCUCACCUUUACUAGAAAAAGUAUCACUGUCAAGUAAUGAUGCAGUGGUCUCUGAUGAAUGGAAAGCAGUCCCGGACAUUUGGAGGUCCUCAGCAGAAAAGUAUGGUGAUCGAGUAGCAGUGGUUGAUCCAUACCAUGACCCACCUUCCACCAUGACUUAUAUACAGCUGGAGCAGGAAAUAUUAGACUUUGCUGAAGGUUUAAGGUUAAUUGGAUUAAAGCCAGAAGAUAAGCUUGCACUUUUUGCUGAUAAUUCAAGCCGGUGGCUUGUUGCAGAUCAAGGUAUAAUGGCAAUGGGAGCAAUUAAUGUUGUCAGAGGGUCAAGAUCAGCUGUGGAAGAGCUUUUACACAUAUACAAUCAUUCGGAAAGUGUUGGGCUUGUUGUUGACAAUCCUGAAUUUUUCAAUCGUCUUGCUGGAACAUUUUGUUCCAAGGCAACAAUGAGAUUUAUUGUUCUACUUUGGGGUGAGAAAUCAUGCCUGGCCACUGGUGAAACACAGGGUGUGCCUAUAUUCAGUUAUAGGGAGAUCAUGGAGUUAGGAAGAGAAAGCCGUGUUGGUCUUACUGAUUCUCAUGAUGCUAGACAAGGUUACAUAUAUGAAGCCAUCGGCUCAGAUGAUGUUGCUACCCUUGUAUAUACAAGUGGAACCACUGACAAUCCAAAAGGUGUUAUGCUUACACAUAAGAAUUUAUUACACCAGAUAAGGAAUUUGUGGGAUGUUGUACCUGCUGAAGCUGGGGAUAGAUUUCUAAGCAUGCUUCCUUCUUGGCACGCAUAUGAGCGAGCUUGUGAGUAUUUCAUAUUUACGCAUGGAAUUGAGCAAGAAUAUACAACCGUGAGAAAUUUGAAGGACGAUUUGAGACAUUAUCAGCCACACUACCUGAUAUCUGUACCUUUAGUGUAUGAGACACUCUAUAGUGGGAUUCAAAAGCAGAUUUACACAAGCUCCACAGCUCGUAAAUUUAUAGCACUUACAUUCAUAAGGGUAAGCUUGGCAUACAUGGACUUGAAGAGAAUUUACGAGGGACUGUGCCUAACAAGGGAUCAGAAGCAACCUUCAUAUGUUGUAUCCAUGUUAGAAUGGUUAUGGGCAAGAAUUAUUGCUGCAAUAUUGUGGCCGUUGCAUGUGUUAGCAAAGAAGCUUGUCUAUGAAAAAAUUCACUCUGCUAUUGGAAUAUCAAAGGCUGGCAUAAGUGGGGGCGGAAGUUUGCCUAUGCAUAUUGACAAGUUUUUUGAGGCAAUUGGUGUGAAAUUGCAGAAUGGAUAUGGUUUAACAGAAUCAUCCCCUGUCAUUGCUGCUCGACGACCUAACUGUAAUGUUCUUGGUUCAGUUGGGCAUCCAAUUCAACACACAGAAUUCAAAAUCGUAGAUUCUGAAACUGAUGAAGUUCUCCCACCUGGCUCCAAGGGCAUUGUAAAGGUCAGAGGACCACAAGUGAUGAAAGGUUACUAUAAGAAUCCAUUGGCUACGAGGCAAGCCCUCGAUGAAGAUGGUUGGCUAAACACUGGUGAUAUAGGUUGGAUUGCUCCUUGCCAUUCAGCAGGGCGAAGCCAUCGAUGUGGAGGUGUGAUAGUUCUUGAAGGACGUGCCAAGGACACUAUUGUUCUUUCUACUGGUGAAAAUGUUGAACCUUUAGAGAUUGAAGAAGCUGCUAUGAGGAGUAGUCUUAUUCAACAGAUUGUUGUCGUUGGCCAGGAUCAACGACGCCUUGCAGCUAUCAUUGUCCCAAAUAAAGAUGAGGUACUCCAGGCAGCGAAAAAUUUAUCUAUUGUAGAUGCAGAUGCCGCCGAUCUUGGCAAGGGCAAAAUGACAAGCCUGCUAUAUGAAGAAUUGUGGAAGUGGACCUCCGAGUGUUCGUUUCAAAUUGGACCCAUCCUUAUUGUAGAUGAACCUUUUUCGAUUGAUGGUGGCUUAAUGACCCCAACCAUGAAAAUCCGAAGAGACAAAGUUGUAGCUCAAUACAAGGAGGAAAUAGCUAAUCUUUACAAGUGAAUAUGACUAUGAUUACUCAGUUAUGUUUGAUGCACUGAUCAUGUAUAGUCUUUAUACACUGUUAAGGCAUCAAAUGGUGUCAUCUCUCACUGAGAAAUAAUUUUAAAAUUAAAUAUUAUUAUUUAAAAAUAAAUAAAAACAAAAACUUUCUAUCUCCAA